AUGAUUUAUGUUUAUUGUUUAUUAAGGAUGGAUGAGUUAGAGAUUAAUGAUUAUGUUGACCUAUAUGAAUUGAUUAAUAAAAUUACUAAAAUUCAUGAAAUUUUCGAUCAAAGUACAGACAUUGUGGAGAAUAUAAGCUCUUUUAAUAAUAAUUUGCAAGAAGUUGAAGAAUUGAUCGAGACUGAAGAUUAUGAGAAUGUUGAUAUUGAUUUUGAAAUUCCUUCAUUAUUAGAAAUUCAUUACAAAUUGAAUAAACUGAGGGAUUUCCAAGAAAGACUAUUAUUAUUGAGUGAUAGCUCUAAUGAGGAUCAUAAAUUUAUUGUUAAAAGAGUUGUUUCUAGGAUCUAUGAUGUUAUUAAGAAAUUUGAUAAAUUGCUAGAGAAUAUUAUAAUUGGAUUGGUUGAAUCUGUCAAGAUUAAUAACAAUAGUUUGGUUAUUAGAUUGGCAAAGAUUAUUGACUUUGAAGAACGUGAAGAUACCAAGAUUGAUGCUUUGAAAGGAAUAAUUUCCAAGAAUUCUAAAAACAAUUCCCAAAAUAGUCUAUUUGAACAAAUUGUUAAUGGAACAAUUAAAGGACGUACAACUGCAAGAAACUAUAAACAAUUCUUCAUUGAUAAAGUGGAAGAAAGUAUCCAUGAGAUAUUUCAAAAUUGCUAUGAAACUUACAAACAAAAGGAAAAUAUGUUUGAAAUUCUAGAUAAUUUAGAUUGGGUGUUUCAUGAUUUGAUUUGUGUUAAACAAGAUUUAGUUAAAUUAGUACCACCAAGAUGGAAUAUUUUCACAGUUUAUUAUGAUUUUUAUUACAGAGAACUAAACAUUCUUAUAAAUAAAUUGAUUGAAUCAGAACCAGAAACGUUGAUAAUUUUGGAAAUUCUUGAUUUUGAUAAUAAAUUUAAAGAUAUAAUGAUUUCAGAAUUUGGUUUCACAAAGCAAGAAAAUAAAUCAAUAAUAGGGGAUGUUGAGAAAGAGAAGUUAUUAUCAGAUUAUUUGAAUCUAAUUGUUUUGAAAAUGAAUGAAUGGAUGUUUAAUUUACAAAAAACUGAACAUGAAGUUUUCAGAUCAAGAAUUCAAGCACCAGAAGUUGAUUCGGAAAAUUUAUAUGCACUUGAAGGUACCAAGAUUGUUUUCCAAAUGUUUACACAACAAUGUGAUGUUGCCUCAGGUUCAGGACAGGGGAAAAUAUUAGCAGGAGUUGUGGAAGAGUUUGGUGGGUUACUGAUAAAAAGACAAAGUAAAUGGGGUGAAUUGAUCAAGAAUGAAGUUCAAAAAUUAUUAACAUUGAAUAAUAAGAGUAAAAAAGAUGUUGGAGUGGAUGGUGUUAAUGAUGAUGAUAAAGUUCCACCGGGUUUAAUUGAAUAUUUAAUUGCCCUAGCUAAUGAUCAAAUGAGAGGUGCUGAUUAUACAGAAGCCAUUUCAAAUAAGUAUGGUGGCAUGGUUAGUUCAAAAUAUUCCACCAUUAUUCAUAAUGCAUUGGAGAAAGUUAUUGAUGGGUUUGCUAAUUUGGCAAAACAGUGUUGUGAUGCUUUAAUUGUAAUUAUCUUUGAUGAUUUGAAAAUUGCAUUGGAUGAAAUUUUCUCAAAAGAUUGGUAUAAUUCCAAUUAUUCUCAACAAGUUUCUGAUACAUUGUAUGAAUAUUUGGGUGACUUGAAGCAAAGUAUGAAUUCGUAUUUAUUUGAAAUAUUGAGUGAAGAAAUUGUGGAGGAGACAGUUUUAAGAUAUUUGAGCAAUUUGAAUAAAGAUGUCAAAUUUAAGAAUAAUAAUGAUAAAUUUGUUAAUUCAGUGAAAAGAGAUUUUGAAAUUUUCUAUAAAUUAUUCAUCAAUUUCAUUGAUCAAGAAAUAAUUGAAUCCAAAUUUAGAAUUGUGGAAGAUUUUAUGGAUUUAAGUACAGAGACAAAUGAUGAUCAUAUUGUGGAAUUAUGGAUUCAACUAGUUUCAAAAUUCAAUGACAUUUCAAUUGAUUUCUUAGCAUUGAUAUUAAAGGCAAGAAAAGAUAUAGAUUCCACUCCAUCCAAGGCAAUUUUAUCCAAGAGUAAAAUUGAACAGGAUAAAUUCUUACAAGAAAAUCAAUAUGAAUUAACACCUUCAUUUAUGAAUAGAUUUGUGGUCACCAAGAAGCUAAAGAAAUAAAGAACCAGUCAUUUAUGUCUUUUAUGCUCAAUGUCUGUAGUUUCAUUUCACGUAAAUAACAUUCAAGAUCAAGUCAUAAUCUUCCAAAAGAUCAAAUUUCAAAGUAUAAUACCCAUCGGUUGAUUCGGUGAACAAGAACCCUG